AUGCGGUUGAGCCAGCUGAUUCUGCUGCUAGUCGCCGGACUCGUCUGGGCCCAGACACUUGAGGAUAUCUUGACUGCUGAGAGCGCCACGCUGUCGACCCUCAAUGCCUGGCUGACCUCCGAGCAGCUUGUCCUUUCGAUCCUCAGCAACGCCCAGGGCGUGACGCUACUCGCCCCCAGUAACAACGCGCUCAACCAGCUGUACAACUCCUCGCUUCUCACCCAGCUCACCGUGGACCCCAACUUCUUGACCGCCUUCCUGAGCUACCAUGUCCUCAGCGGCGAGUUCUUCGUCUCCAACUUCCUCAACACCCAGGCGGCCACGGUCCCGACGUUUUUGAACCAGCGGGCGUACAGCAACGUCACCGGUGGCCAGAAGAUCCAAGCCCGCUCGAACAACGGCACCAUCACGUUCAUCUCGGGCAAUGGAGCCCAGUCGAACGUCGAGGCAUACGACCUCAACUACACGAGCGGCACCCUGCACGUGAUCGACACGGUAUUGACGAUCCCGGGCAGCCUGACGGACACGCUGGUGGCGGACGGGCUGACGGCGGCGCUGGGCGCGCUGCGGCGGGCCGGCAUCGAGAGCGUGCUCAACCUGGCGUCGGACGUGACCGUGUUCGUGCCGACCAACGGGGCCUUCAGCGCGGUCGGCAGCCUCGUCGACGCCAUGACGGUCGAGCAGCUGACCGCCGUGCUCGACUACCACGUCGUGCAGGGCAAGGUGCUCUACAGCCAGCUGAUUGCCGGCGGCACCGCGCUGACGGCGCAGGGCGCGACCGUGAACUUUCGGGUGAUGAACGGCUCCCUGUUUGUGAAUAGCGCGAGGGUCGUGGCCGCGGAUAUCCUGGUGGCGAACGGGGUCGUGCAUGUGCUUGAUGGAGUGCUGAACCCCGACAACACGACCGCCACGCCCAACCCGACUGCCAGUUCCCAAGAACCGGCGUUCAACGGCGCCACGACUACCGUGGCUGGUGUCCCGUUCACUUCGGAGAUAGUCACUGCCACAAGCACAAGCGUCGCUACGAGUCCUGGCCCGACCUUCACUCCACAGGCCGCGUUGCCUUCUUCUGGAUGGGAGUGUGCGCGCUGGCUCGAUGAAGUAGACGAACUUAUGUUGUCACACACCCUUGAGAUUCCCCAUAACUAA